AUGUACGGUGUGAACGGUUCCCAACCGCCAAUGGACGGCGGCCUAUUGGACGUGUUCUCCCGCCCUGAUCCCUCGUUGAUCACUCUCUAUGCCUUCGUGCUGGUCGCGUCCCUCGCAGCCAACACGCUGCUCAUCUUCAUCGUCAUCAAGUUCCAGUAUAUGCGGAGGUUUUGGACUUAUUUUUCAUUGAAUCCGGAUUUCGUAUCCGCUACCCUCGUCAACCUUCUUUGUGCUCCCGGCUCAAAGGCACUAUCCGGGAAAUUGGAUCAACACAGCGUAUCCGUAUGUUUCGUGCUAGCGACAUCAUACCGAUGUAACAUUUGGAUUUUGACAUUGCCAGUUUAG